AAGACUAUACUAUGUAACUCAGUCAACGUUUGAGUCACUACUCCCUUUUCAUUACUCAGUGUGAAUCCUCAAAUUUUUCUCUCCCUGACAAACUCAAAAAAACGCGGUAUUUCCCGUUUUCCAUCAAUCACGCAAGCUCCCUAAGAGAGAAACUCAAAUCCUUUCUCACCAAUGUAAAAAUGGCCGAUAAAUCUCCAUUAUCACCAUCUGAAGCUAUCAAUCGCAUUCUCGAACAAAUCUGUGUCUUCUCCGACGACUCAAUUCCAUGGGAAUCACCUCGUAGAUUCACUGCUUACGCUAUUAGACUUCAACGAAUCGUUUCCAACAUUCUUAGACUUUCUCCGGAGAUCCUCGCUUCGCCGUCGGUGCUUACUUCUCUUAAAGGAAUUUACGGUGAUCUUGUUAAAGUUGCUGAAACGUUAUCGGUUUAUAGAGAGAGAAGUAAAAUUUAUGUACUUAUUAAUUGUCGUUCGCUGUGUUUCUCACUUCAAGAACGAACUACUGGAAUUGGUGGUUGGCUUGCGUUGCUUGAAACUGGACUAAAGGAUUUUCCUGAUGUUAAGAAGAAAGUUUCCGAUCUUUCUAGAGAUAUGAAACAAGCUCAGUUUACUGUGACCGAGAAUGAAGAGAGAGUGUACUGCACACUGCAAAAAGAAGGGCAAGGACGGCCAACAACCAAACCAGUUCAAAGUGCGAUAAUUAUGGAUUUGGCUCGGGCAUUAGGGAUCGACUCUACUAACCAUGCUGAGUUGAUGGAGCUUGUUAAGCUCUCAAAGAAUGAUCUUGCUCGCUCAAAUUCGGUAUCUGAGAGGCGAAUUGUCAUGUCUUUGCAGAGAAUUGUUGACAAUUGGUUUGUUGAACCAAAUAUUUCAGCUUUAAGUUUAGAUUUUGAUAAGGAAGAUGAAUCUCAAAUUUUGCCUUUCAAGAAUUUUCUAUGUCCUUUGACUAAGGAAGUUAUGAAGGAUCCUGUGGUUUUGGAGUCAGGGCAGACUUAUGAGCGAACUGCUAUUGAUUAUUGGUUUCAACGCUGCUUGGAGGAUGGUCGGGAUCCUACAUGCCCGGUUACGGGUAACGUGCUGAGUUCAUUAGAACAGAAACCAAACAUUGGUUUAGCCGGAGCUAUUGACGAGUGGGUAAAUAGAAAUGUUGACAUUCAAAUUAACUCAGCUGUGAAACAUCUGAGCAAUGAUCCACCAUCUCUAGAUUGUAUUGAACAAGUUUUGGAUAGUAUUUAUAAGAUAUCUGAAGAGCAUCAAUCUAGCCGAUAUAAAGUUAGGAAUAAUGGUGUUGUCGUUUUAGUAAUUAAUCUUCUCAAGAAGUGCUCUAAGAGCCUCAGCUCUACAAUGAAAACCAAGGUGCUUAUGGUUUUACUUAGUAUGGCAAAGGAUAAAGAUAGCAAGAAUAUUAUGAUUGGAGAAGGCGUUACAAAAUUGGCAAUAAGUAGUCUCGUUGGGAUAACGGAGAACGAGAGAGAAACUGGCCUGAGGUUGCUGUUAGAAUUCUCGCGUAAUGAAGAAUAUUGUUCUAAAAUUGCAUCUGAGAAAGGUGCAUUUCUUCUUCUUUCCAGCUUGGCGGAGAAUUUGGAGUAUCCAGUUUUGUCCAAUUUAGCAGAGGAUGUGCUAAAACGUUUAGAAGUAAAUGAUGAUAAUGUAGAACAGAUGGCUGCUGCUGGACGAUUUGAACCUUUACUUAGCCGGCUUUGUGAAGGUUCCCGCAGCAUCCAAAUAGAGAUGACAUCAUUGUUGGGGAAGAUGACUUUGACAAAGGGUAAUAAAGAACAAAUUGCAAGGCGAAGUGCAAAAGUGCUCGUUGAAAUGCUGUGUAAACCUGAAACUCGAACAGGAAGUCUUCAUGCUUUGUGCAACCUUUCAUCUUUGGACGACAAUGCAACUGUUCUUGUUGAAGCGUUUAUACUUCCUGCUGUCAUAGACAUUAUCCUUGUAUCUCAGGAUGCCCUUCCAGAGCAGAAAGAGAUGGCCUCUGAAAUUAUUGCCAAUAUUGUGUCUAAUACAGGUCACUGGGAAUUGGCUGAAGUUGACAAGGAAGGACAUACUAUGCUUUCGUCCUUCAUUGUCUCUCACCUGGUGCAACUCUUAGCUCAAGUAACCUCUAAAUGCCAAGUGUCUGUCCUUUCUAUACUCUAUGGAAUUGUUUCUUCUCCCAAGGCAUCUGAGCAGGUAGCAACCGAUAUUAGAUCUGGGGAUGUCAUAAAAACCAUAAUGAAAUAUCUUGAACACCCUGCAAUUGAAUGUAGAAUCUGUGCUCUGAAACUUAUGAGGAUACUGUCUGAAAGUGGUUCGGGCAGAGAAUUAAUUGAUGAGUUCAGGCAGCAGAACAAAAUCACCCUUUUAAAAGAAAAAUUAUUGGAUGAUGGAUCCCGAAAUAGUGAGCGAUCUGACGCUGCUUGUAUUCUUGCAAACCUUCCCUUGUCAUAUGCUGAAGUGAAGACAGUUCUAGGAGCUACUUUCCUGAAAUGGACAGUUACAACUCUUAAAGAACAUCAGCGCAGCCACAAUGGGAGAACUUCAAGGUCACCAUCUAGUAUGCUAGAAGGGCUCCUUGGUCUUCUACUUCACUUUGCUCGGAAUAUAGACUCACAGAUGCUUGUUUGGAUCAAGGAACAUCACCUCAAUGCAAUCUUCUGUGAGCAUUUGAGUUUUCUUUCACAACCAAGAUGUAAAGAGCUGGCUAUCCUAGGGUUGCGAUACUUGUCGGAAUAUGCGAGACUACUUGAUGCUGACGGAGAAUUAGAUCUGUUUCCGCCACAAGGAUUGUGUUCACCCAUGGUAUUCAUUUGUGGCAGAGGACCUCCCGAAUUCUCGACAUGUCCAAUACAUAAUUCUCCCUGUGAGGAACACAGUGAAUUGUGUUUGCUCAAGAGUGAUUGCAUCAAACCCCUGGUUGAUCUAGUCUCAGAUGAGCAAACUGAUGUUCAAAUUGCCGCUGUUGAGGCUCUAUCCUCACUUAUCCCAGAAACUUCCCUUAAUUUCAGGCGCGCUGCAGAUGAACUCGAUCGCCUUGGUGUUGUAGAUGCAGUAGUUAAUCUUUUCAUAGAAGUUAGGCCUGGAGUGCUUCAAGAAAAGGUAAUAUGGAUGAUUGAGAGACUCUUAAGGGCAGAAAGCAUAAGCCAAAAACACGCACUUAAUCAGACUUUGGUUCAGGCAUUAGGGGAAGCCUUAAAGCUCGGAAACGCAAACACAAAAAUAAUUGCUCAAGAUGCUCUAACUAACUUGAAACAGUUAUCUGGGGCUAGUGGGAAAAUCUCCGGUCCGAUGCGUGCUUGGAGGUAGGUUUUCUCACUUCAUCACUGUAUUGCUUCUAUCUUGUAUUUUUGACAUUAACUUGUGGGUGUAUAUUAGUGAAACCCACAGCUUCUUGUAUAUUUCACUAAUUGUAGUCUGUACAUAAUGUAAAUUGUAAUAGUAGAAAUCUGUUGAUGUACUGUUGUUUUCUUUCAUGUAUCAAUGUGGCUUCCUUUCUGUUUUAUACACUUAUCAACUUUUUUUUAUAUGAAUGUGGUUUUCUUGGUAU